AGGAAAGUCAGAGUGGGACUGAUCCGCUCCUGUUUUUCUGAUGAGCCUCUUUGGUACUAUUCUGGAGGGCAGCGAGGGGAAGGGUGGUUUGGAGGAAACUAGGACAAGUCAGGAGUGGGACUCGUGGAUAUGGUUAGGUGCCCCUCAGCCGCCCACCCGCCAUAAUCUGAGCCCUGGGCAGCCGGCGUGCAGGGUGAAAGUUCCUGGACCAAAAAGCAACACACUUUUCGAGCAGGGGACGCGCAGCAAUCCACGGUGAAGGUGGAAGCAUCUGGGCUCCGCAGGAUCGCCUGCCCGGCCGGCGCCAAAGGGAGGGGAAAGCGCGAGAGAAAGCGGCGCCCCCGGAGUGGCGCUCCCGCCCAGGUGCAGCCGGGGAGGCGCGGGGCGGGGAGAGCGAGGGAGGGAGGCUGACAGCCGGCGGGAAGGAAGAGGCAGGCACGGCCGCCCUCCGGCCGGUGGCUUCUGGUUUUGCUUUCGUCGGCAGCUCGGAAACUUCUGGGCCGCCCGGUGGAUGGAGGAGCAGCCGGUAAGUUGGAGCGGCCGCGCUGCUUUUCUUCCCUGCCCUCCAGGACCCGGACUCGGGUCCGCCCAAGCGGCCAAACAGCCUUGGCGGGUUCUGCCCACCCCGCCGCCCAUCCUCGCAUCCGCUUCCCCGCCGUUUGGGCGCUCCCGGCCCUUCCUUGGAGACCCGUCGCCUUGCGCCAAGUGGGGCUUGGCGCAAGUAAAUGCGCGUUGCGAGACCCGGACGGGGAGCCCAGCCCUCGGGACCAGCCGGAGCUGGUUUCAAGCCUGCCGUCGCUUCGGGGUCCGGGUCUCGCCUGCUCCCUCCCUCCCCAAGUAGAUCCCGAUUCCCGGAAGCUCCGGGCGCGCUCAGCGGUUCGGCGGUUCCCCAGCCCCGACCUGGGGGGCUCCGGAGCGGCCGCCGCGUUAGACGUGCCGCGGACCCGGGGCAGACAAAAGAGCCCUUCUCCGGACUUGGCUGCCGCAAGAGGUGGCGGAGGUGGCUUUAAGACGGGAUCGGAAAACUCCUGGCUUCAUCAUUCCACCCGCAACUAUUAGCCACGCGGAAGCCGCGUGUUGACGCCGGGCUCGGGGGGAGCCGGGAGGGAGGCUGGGUCCUUCGUCUCCGCCCCUGGGCUUCUGCCUUAGUUUUGAUCUAGACCUGGGCAAGAGCACACUUCAAGAAAUAUUGAGAAGAGCUGGAGACUCGUCCAGGGAGGGAAGGUAGGAAGAACGCUCCGGGUUAUAUUCCUUGUGGGGGAGAAAAUGGGGCGCACAAGGCAAAACGACGUGCCCAAGUCUGCUUAGCCAGGCAGUGCCAGCCCCACAAACAACUCGUAAGAGUCCCCCAGUUCUCAUUGCCCUGAGACAAUGUGGAAUCUGUUCAGCUCGGAGACUGUAGUAUCAUUGCUAGAGUGAGAACAGCGCUUUUUUAAAAAAGAAAAGUGUUUUGCUGGGUAUCAUUUUGGGGAAGUGGGACUCGUAGUGCUAUAGGGCAGGCAGGAUUACAUAUGUCCUGUGAGGCUGUUUUAACACAGAGGUGUAAACUGAAAGUAACCCAGAUUUCUUUCUUUUUAAAAAAAAACAACCACCAUAUUUUACCUAUAAAAAUAUACAGUGGUAUCUCGGGUUAAGUACUUAAUUCGUUCCAGAGGUCCGUUCUUAACCUGAAACUGUUCUUAACCUGAAGCACCACUUUAGCUAAUGGGACCUCCCGCUGCUGCCACGCCGCCGGAGCACAAUUUCUGUUCUCAUCCUGAUGCAAAGUUCUUAACCUGAGGUACUAUUUCUGGGUUAGUGGAGUCUGUAACCUGAAGCGUAUGUAACCCGAGGUACCACUGUAUAAUGAGAAAGAGGUUAUGUGCCUUGUUCUCUCCCAUGAUAAGAAGGUGGCCACAGGCUUUAAUGCCAGGGGUUUCAAAUAGUGAGCAUGAUGGCCCAGAAUUUUUCACAAGGGAAAAUGUUGUUGUGGAAGGUAGAUGAUGCUCUUGCUGUGGUGUGUUCAUGAAACAAAAAGGACCAGACUUCACUAGCAAAACGACACAUAUUUCACUUGCAUUGGCUUCCUAGAAUUCCACACUGCUUUUCCACCGCUGGUGCUCAGAUAGGUUAUUCAUCCCCAACAUGCCCAAAACUUGCAUACCUCAGUAUUCGCUCACACUUUGGCACAGGAACAGUGCAAGAAAUGAAGAAACGCAUGACUUAACCAUAGGGAUGGGCGACUGGAAGUCACAGGGGCCAAGUCUGGAUCCCAGAGAUUGUCUCUUUUAUUACUCACCUGCAGUCUAUAGGCACAUUAGGCCAAUUUCUCCCAAGCUGAGACACAAGCCAGAGGCUCUUUAACCCCUCCCUAUCCAGUGUGAACAGCAAAGGAGGCCAGUUUGGCAGAGCUUCCCUUACUGGGCACCUGUCCUCCAGCUAAGGUGCAGUGAAUGAUAUUGAGCAAGUGGCAGCCAAGCUGCAUGUGAGUGACGCAAGGAAUCUGUGGCUUCCUCUUCGGAUAUCUAUUCUGAAAUCAGAAUCAGGUCUGAUUUUGGUUGGGGUAGCCACCUUUUCCCUUGCAUAAUUUUCCGGAUGGAAAUAGUAUCGUCCUGCAGCCAUCCAUUUGCGAACUUCUGAAGUUGCUAGUAGCUUCAGUAGAGGGGGAAAGACAGACAAAAUGCAGGUGCCGUUUACCCACUGGUGGAGCUAAGAACAGCUUCAUAUGCGGGUGUUUGAUUGGGGCAGGUAAAGAAUGUGCACUACCUCCAAGCAAUUCAGGAACUUGCAGGUGGAACGCUGGGAGUUGCAGUCAUGGAUAACCUAUGUCCUGUGUAGUCUGGCCCUGAGGUGCUUCAAGAAAGGGUCCUUUUCACACUAACAGGGUAGGGGGCUAAAAGGUCCCUUGCCUUUGUUUUGCCUUUGUCAGACAAUACUGUUGGCUCUUCAGCUCUUGCUCGGGGUUAGGGGGUGAUCGUUGUGACUAGCCUGGGCCCCCUGGAACACUUGUGGUGAGUUCCAGAUUUAUAUGUACAGGGAGGGGGGAAAGUAUUUGAUCCCCUGCUAAAUUUGCCCGUUUGCCCUCUGACGAAGAAAUGACCAGUCCAUAAUUGUAAUGGUAGGUUUAUUGUAGCUGUGAGAGACAGAAUAACAGCAGGAAAACCCCCAGAAACCCAGAAGACAAAAGCCAGAGAUUAAUGUGCAUUAUAAUGAGUGAAAUAAGUAUUUGAUCCCUUUGCAAAAGAUGACUUAGUACACAUCUCAGGAGGUAUUUUGUCCCACUCCUCUUUGCAGAUCCUCUCCAAGUCAGUAAGAUUUCAAGGCUGAUGUGUAGCUACUCGAACCUUCAGCUCCCUCCACAGAUUUUCGAUGGGAUUAAGGUCUGGAGACUGGCUAGGCCACUCCAGGACCUUAAUGUGCUUCUUCUUGAGCCACUCCUUUGUUGCCUUGGCUGUGUGUUUUGGGUUAUUGUCGUGCUGGAAUACCCAUCCUCGACCCAUUUUCAAUGCCCUGGCUGAGGGAAGGAGGUGCUCACCCAAGAUUUGACGAUACAUGGUCCCAUCCAUCGUCCCUUCGAUGCGGUGAAGGUGUCCUGUCCCCAUAGCAGAAAAACGCCCCCAAAGCAUAAUAUGUCCCCCUCCAUGUUGGACAGUGGAGAUGGUGUUCUUGUGGUUAUAGACAGCAUUCCUCCUCCAAACGCGGCAAGUUGAGUUGAUGCCAAAGAGCUCGAUUUUGGUCUCAUCUAACCACAACACUUUCACCCAGUUCUCCUCUGGGUCAUUCAGAUGUGCAUUGACAAAGUGCAGACGGGCCUGUACAUGUGCUGUCUUGAGCAAGGGGACCUUGCAGGCUCUGCAAGAUCUCAGUCCUUCACAGCGUAGUGUGUUACCAACUGUUUUCAUGGUGAUUAUGGUCUCAGCUUCCCUGAGAUCAUCGACAAGUUCUCAGCUGCUUCAUCACCAUUCUCCUGAUCAUUGCAACUCCACAAGAUGAGAUCUUGCAUGGAGCCCCAGACCGAGGGAGGUUGACAGUUAUUUUGUGUUUCUUCCAUUUGAAAAUUAUUGCACCAAUUAUUUGUCACCUCACCAAGCUGCUUGGCAAUAGUCUUGUAACCCAGUCCAGCCUUGUGCUGGUCUACAAUCUUGUCCCUGACAUCCUUGGACAGCUCUUUGGUCUUGGUCAUGGUGGCUACUUUGGAAUCUGCUGGAUUGAUUGCUUCUGUUGACAGGUGUCUUUUGUACAGGUACUGUAAUGAGCUGGGAUUACAGGUAAGACCUCUCCCUUACAGGACGUGCUUCCAAUCUCAGCUCAUUACAUACAGUGAAGAUACUAGGUAGCCUGACAUCUGGCUGGUUUAUAGGGGAUCAAAUACUUAUUCCACUCAUUAUAAUGCACAUCAAUCUCUGACCUUUGUCUUCUGGGUUUCUGGGGGUUUUUCCUGUUGUUAUUCUGUCUCUCACAGCUACAAUAAACCUACCAUUACAAUUAUGGACUGGUCAUUUCUUCGUCAGAGGGCAAACGGGCAAAUUUAGCAGGGGAUCAAAUACUUUUUCCCCUCGCUGUAUGCCUCUCUAAGCAGGAGCCCUCCUAAGGCAGAGGAUGGGGGGCAUCAGAAGGCCCUGUUGUGGAGGCUGAGCCAGAGGGAAAGGGGAAGGAGCCAAAAACUGGAUUCUCUGAGCGGCCAAGUACUUGUCAGAGCUUCACCAUGUUGUUUAUGAACACUGUCACAUUUCUCCCUGGAGUUUAGAACAGGGGUCAGAGCAAAGAGCUCCGCUGAAGAAUGUUGCUGUCUAUCCUCAGGAAUUAGAAGCACGCUUGCCAAAAAGUUGCUUUAAUUUCCAAAUCUUUUAGAAGGGGUGGGGCGUACAGAUCCUGGGGGUUAGUUUAGUGAUUUUCUCUGGCCUCUGCACUUGCCUUUAACGCCCCCGCCCCUCAGACAGUUGACUUGAGAGCAAUGGUGCAUUUAGAAAACCUCUCUUUUGCAUGUUCCUGUGGUCACAUUGGCGGAAGGCGCACCUGCUAAGGGUAGGAGGCCCAGGUGGGCAAGGCAAGCCACAGGGCCUGGCAGGAUGGGUGAGGAGGGGCGGUCUCAAGAGACUUGCAGCAUCCACCAAGGUGGAGUACCAAAACCCAUCAGGCAUGUCCAGUAAGUUAAAUGCAAAUCUUGGCCACGUGAGUAGGAGAAAAAGGGUCCAGCUCUCAGGGCAACAGCCAACUUUAUUAGUACCAUUAAGUGACUGCUCCUUAAAUUCUCUGCACUGCACUGAAAUUCUGCAUUUCAAAGGGAGCUACAUUGCCUACAAAAUACAUCUUUAGUUGCAUCCCUUACAGUGCAAUGUUAUACACGUUUGGUGAGUUCCAUUGAGUUAAAUGGAGCUUACUCCCAGGUAAGUGAUUAUAGGAUUUCAGCUUAAGUCUUUAUUAAUUCAGUGAAUUGUUGUAGGGUAUUAGAUGAUAGGCAGAAAAGAAGGUGCCUUGAAUAAUGGCUGUCAAAUUACCACAGUUUGUGUGUAUUCUGUGAGGGACAAAAGCGAAAGCAAAUUCAGUGAGCACAACACAUUCUGCCUCUGUUUUGUUUUGUAAAAUGUGUGCGUCUGUGAUUCAGAUUUUCAUACAAUUUUUUACCAAGGAAAGAAAAACUAGACAAAUGGAUGAAAGUGAAACUCGAGGGACUCAAAGGCUGGAAUUAGUAGCCAUGGAGGAAUCAGACACAGCAGGAAACACUCAUGAGCAGCUCAGAUGGUUAUGGGAAGGAUUUUGACCAAGCCACUGUUGAUGCUCAAAAAGAGCUUUUGCCUGUAUCUUGGUUCACAUGGAGAUAAGUCAGUAUCACCCCUGAGUCAGAAGCGUGAUUGUUUCUCAUUAGUAGCUCUGUGGCACAUUUUUCUUACCUUACCUAGAGAAUCCUUUCCACGUUGACCUGCCUAUCAAGGAACCACUUACACAUGUGCCAUGAAAUCAUAGCUGUCAAGUUUUCCCUUUUCUUGCGAGGAAUCCUAUUCAGAAUAAGGGAAUUUCCCUUUAAAAAAGGGAAACGUUGACAGCUAUGCAUGAAAUCCCUGCAUGUUACUGAGGAUUCUGUGGCCUGUUCCACGGUUUUACCAUCAGUUUGCCCCUGUGAAGUAAAUUCACAACUCACCUGUAGCUGCCUAUUGCGGUUGGGGACGAUUAUUAGCGAUGGACAAGAUGCCGUUCAGGGAUCAGGCCUCCCAUCUUGUCAAUGAGCUCUUAAUAAUUGUCCGAACAAGCCUAGGGCUCCCAGGAAAGCCUUCUGUCUCAAUCAUCCAAAUGAUUAGGUGAGAAUCUCGGCAUUUGGUUUCCUAAAAAUACAUUUCCUGUUCUUAAUGUCUGAGAAACUAAAGAAACAUGAGCAUAUAUACAGGGAUUGGAAUAAAGGGGGUGGGAAUAAAACCUCCUGUGAUUUAUAUGAUGAAACUGUGUGGCUUCGUCGUUCGUACUUCUGUAUGCAGCCAGUUCAGAUGCUGCAAUAGACUCAAGUCUGCUGCAGUAGCAUCUGUGGUUAAAGUUAUUAAAAUUUUCUCAGUAAAAAAAAAAAUUAAAAAUGUUCAGUAGUACCUUAGAGACCAACUAAGUUUGUUCUGGGUAUAAGCUUUCGUAUGCAUGCACACUUCUUCAGAUACUUCAGAAAGCUUUUACUGUACCCAGAACAAACUUUUUUUUAAAAAAAAUUCCCACUGCGUCAGACCAACACAGCUACCUACCUAAAUUUUUCUCAGAUAAACGUUCUAUUUUCUGCACUUUGACCUUGAGCAUAUUUACUUAGAAAUGAGCCCUUUGAUUUUACACUGGGCUUGCUCCCUAAUAACUAUGUUUAGGAUUAAGAGAAUGCAAUGGGGAAUGCUGUGUGUGCGUGUGCGUGUGUGUGUGUGUGUGCAUGCGCAAGACACCUGCCUUCCUGCUGCAAUGCCUGUUGUUCCAGGGAGGGCGAGCAUCUCUCACCAGGCAGAGCCAGACACAUUUUCCUCCCAACAUCAGAGGUUUGUCAUUGCAGCCAAACUACUGUGCUAUGAAGACCCUUAUCCACAAGUGUUGUUUUUUCCUCUUGCCAGAAAUUUUUCCUCUUGCAAGCAGAAAUUCAGUUUGUAUUGCUGUCUUUCUGCUAAGUAGAUGCAGUGAUGGGGAGAAAGGAUACAUGUUGGAAUUGUCUUGCUUCUUUCGCAAAGAAAAAAGUGGUGACCAUAUGCUUAAUUCUAGAAAGCAAAGGAUUUGUUUUUCUCUCUAGAGGUUUAGCAUCCCAGGGAUCUGAACUCCCAAGAAAAGGAGCCCCGCUACUAGCCAUCUCGGAUCCCAGUCUGACACACACAUACCCCUGUCACACAUCAAAAUACAGACUGGCCAGUCACCUUGGUUGGCCUACUGGCACCCCUUGUUGUUUGUUAACCUCACAGGACCCAAAAACUAUGGUAAAUGGAAUGAGUCUGUGAUAUUUGCAAGCCGGACAUGAACCCUUUAAACAAACAUACACACACACACACAGACAGACAUAUAGUCUUGCUGCCCAAACAUCACUUCUUGAUCUCAGACAUUCUGCUGGCAACAUUGCUUCAUAUAACAAACAUCUCCAGGAAGGGUGGAGGUUUCACAAUUUUACAACAAUUCUUAAUCAUUUUCGCAUUCUUUAACUUUUUUGUAUUGGAAAGUGCAUGUAAACCUUUAUAGGCAAAAAAUAUGCUGUACUGGGGCCAGCUCUGUUGGAGGACAGAGCAGUCUGUGCAACAGACACACACACACACACACACACACACACACACACACACACACUGUAAAGGGAAGAUUCAGUCUCCAGUUCAGCUUCUGGAUUUGGAGUGGGGGAAGUGCCAGCUUUUCCUUUGCCUCAGGCAGCAAAAUGUCUUGGGUGAGCCUUCUUCACAUUGUUCUCUCCACUUGCUAUAGUGUGUGUUCUAUCUGUAGCAUUUGACCUGUACCAUAGAAGAUGUUGGACACAGAAAUUUACACUGUACUCCUAUGCAAACUAACCCAGGAGUAAGUCCAGCUGAAUUUACUGGUGCUUACUUCUGAGUAGACAUGCAUAGGAUUGUAUUGUCGGGAGAAGAAGCUUUUCCUAGCAUGAAUGUAAAUGGUGGGGGAAGCUUUAUCUGUCAGACUUACAUUUGCCAACUGCUGGUAAAGGAACAAUGGAGAAAAAAAGGCACCUCUGGAGGAGUUUUGUAAAAGAAAGUGGCUUGAGAGAGAUUUUGCUUUCCACAGGGAACACACACAUCUUCUUCUCCACUGACCAAACAGGUUUUGCAGGAUUUUGAAAGAAAAAAAAUAAAACCUACAAAACAUGUUUACCAGAAUCAAAAGUGUAAGAGGUGUGAGUACCACGAGCGGCAAUUCCUCUUUCAAACCAUUUUCAACUCACUGGAAACAUGCCUUCAUGUUUUUAAGAUAUUCCCUCAUUAUUAUGAACUUUAUCUUGCAUGCAAAGAAGCCAAAGAAGGGAAAGCACCAAUCACAGGAAAAUAAAAGAUAUAAAUAAUUAAAAGGGGAGAGAGAGAACAUUCUAAAUGUGCACAAAAAUAAAGAUUUUAUUGGCCCAAUGUAUUUUGAACUUAUUUUUCCCCGCACACUUUCUGUGCCCCAUCUCCUCCCUGUUUCUCCAUGUGUAGUAUAAUGUGACCUAGCAACUCUUGCACCAUUAAUCUCUAGUCAUGCCUACCAACCCACAGAAUGGGAGUAAAAAGUGUGAAGACUGCAGCUUUGAUGUAUUUCUGUGCUCUGCCACGCAGACUGGAGUUGAGUGUUAAAAGAGGAAACCUUCAGAGCAUUGCACGCCCUUCGCCUUUUCCUGUAACACACCCGGCUAAAAACCAUUCAGAGGGUUGCACACUGUAUGGAUUGAUUCUCUCCCCCCCCCCGCCAAUACCCUCAAAAAAACAAAUGAAAGAGCCUUUCAGGGUUAGAAGGCAAAAUAAAUUGGAAACAGACUGACGAAAGCUACCAUUUGCUAGCAUACAUGUCUGGAGCAGGUUGGUUUAUAGAGACAUGGUGCACCACACAGCCCUAAAAAUCAAGGAUAGCCAAUGUUGUAUCCUGUAGAUAUGUUGAACUCCAACUCCCAUCAGCCGCUGGCAGUAUGGCAGGAAUGAUGGGAAUUGUAGUCCAAAGCAACUGGAGGGCACUGCAUUUGCUACCCUUCUACAGAUAAGUGGUAAGGAAACCUGCCCCCAAAGAGCUGACAGUUCAAACAGAAAAAGGCAAACUGGAUGUUUAAAGUGAUCUGUUGAUUUUCUGCAACAUCUUUCCCCUUACUUUCCAUGCACAAGUUACAAUUUGCAUAAAUGAAUGAAUGAAUAAAAUAUGUAACUAGAACAAUGGGCAAUUAAUUCCUCCUGCUAAUCCUUUCCAUCGGUAAAGUGGUCAGGGAAGGACAGUUGUUCUGAGUUAUGUGCUUAUAUAGGUACUCACUGAGAGUUUCAGAAAAGGUGUGCUGGGUUGCUGUCCCAUCAAUUAACAGGUGUGCAUUGUUACCCUUGGUGCUGAGAGGGGCUAUCAAGUGUUGCUCAUACUAUGGAUAAUUAUGGAAGCCUCCCCUGCCAAAUUUCUUCCAAUAUUUUGGGAUUCUGAAUUACAGUGGUACCUUGGGUUAAGAACUUAAUUCGUCCUGGAGGUCCGUUCUUAACCUGAAACUGUGCUUAACCUGAAGACCACUUUAGCUAAUGGGGCCUCCCGCUGCUGCCGCCGCACGAUUUCUGUUCUCAUCCUGAAGCAAAGUACUUAACCCGAGGUACUAUUUCUGGGUUAGCAGAGUCUGUAACCUGAAGUGUCUGUAACCCGAGGUACCACUGUAUUGGAAUGUUUUACCAGCAGCACUGAUGACAUAGCAACGCACAUUUGCACACUUUUGGAAAGGCAGCAUAAAAAAUGAAAUGGAAGAUGGAGCAAGCUUGUUUUCUCCUGCUCUGGAGGGUAGGACUCGAACCAAUGGCUUCAAGUUACAAGAAAGGAGAUUCUGAAGAGGUGAGAGUUGUUCAGCAGUAGAACUUUCUCCCUCCAAAGGUGGUGGACUCUCCUUCCUUGGAGGUUUUUAAGCAGUGGCUGGAUGGAUAGCCAUCUGUCAUGGAUGCUUUUCUUGAGAUUCCUGCAUUGCAGGGGUUGGACUAGAUGACCCUUGGGGUCUCUUCCUGCUCUAUGAUUCUAUUAAAUAACUCAUUUGAUGGUAGGGCUUUUGGUUGGUUGGUUUGGCUUCCUCCUGCUACAAUGCUAGUAUACUUCAAUAGAAAGAAAAUGUGAUAAAAAUCAAUAUAUUACUAUAAUUAACAACAAUAAUGCAAACCUUAAAGGAUUAAGCAUUUCUUCUGGAAGAGAAAAAGUGGUGUCAUUUUCUUUUCUUUUCCUGAGUACAUGCAAAAUCAAUAAUGAACAUCCUGAAAUUCUCCUUUCUUAUUUUUUUACAUCAUAAAUGCCAGAAGGCAUACUCUUGCCUUUUCUUUUUUAUGUUGUUCAGGAGGCUGUUCUUGCUCCUCUGCCUGGAACAAUACAGCCUUGUUUUCGUCCAGGAGCUUUCAACUGUUUCAGACGUUCUCUUCCACCAACAGGACUCUGCUUGUGUUCACCCUUUUCGGAGGUCUAGUGGGAUUGUCUCCUCUUGUCCUUCUCUUCCUCUCUUUUACAAAAUAAUAAUUUCCUGCACACUUGGGGAGUCUUCCACCUUGUCUGAUGAUGAUCCGACUCCACUGCCACACUAGUUGGCACAAGAAACACCAUGUUUGCUAUUAGAACACGUUGGCAGGAUUGGUAAUAUAAACUGUAUAUGUUCGUUGGAAUUCCUCACUUUCUUGUUGAGUCUGCUCUCUCUCUGUGCAAACAGUUUGAUGCCAAGGAGGCUAUUCAAAGCUCUCUGUGCCCCUUUAGAUCUGGAAUUUCAUCUUGCAAGUUUCCAGUUUCUACCAUCUCUUUUGAAAAAUUCCCAGUGAGAAUUAUGCGCCACUCCUACCUAUUCUGUUUCUUUUUCCUCAUCAAACAUGCUGUGCCUGUACAGUUCGGCAGAUCAAGAAAGAAGAGGCACAUGGCAGGGAUUUCAUAGAACUAUGCAUUUUAUUCUGUUUUAUUUAUUGCUGCAGCAAUUAGGCCAAAUCUGAGCAGCAUUCUGCAAAUCAGACUAUUUCUAGCAGAAUGGAAGAGAUGAAAGAAUUAAAGAAGUGAACAAGGAUAAAGCUCAGACACCAGACUAAGCCAGGAUCUCCAUUCAACCAUCACCUUUUUAACACUAUGAAUUGUACCCCUCACCAGCUCUUUGCAAUCUAAUAUUUAUAGUUGAUUGAUAUUAAAAUGGGCCCUGGUGCCACGCACUGCUGUGCUUUGUUAAACAUUAACUGAAGGGAAAUCAGAAGGAAAAGCUAACAUAAUUGUUCUUCAUAUUCUCUUGGAAGGUUUUUGAAAAAUCCCCCUUCCAAGCGACAGUUGCAGUAGCUCAGCUGGUUAGACCGUGGUGCUGAUAACACCAAGGUCGCAGGUCCAGUCCCCAUAUGGGACAAUUGCACAUUCCUGCGUUGCAGGGGGUUGGACUAGAUGACCCUCAGGUUCCCUUCCAACUCUAAAGUUCUAUGAUUCUCUGUCCCCUGUUGACAAGAGAAAGGGAAGCCUCGUAAACCUGAAGUAAGGGCUGGGAUGCAUGUGUUUGAGGGCUGACACCUUCUGAUGGCGCUGAAGAGUCUAUUUAGGUCAGAGGAGAAGGAGGCUGUUGUGCUCCAGGGAAAGAAGACAUUAAGGAGAGAAUGGGGUUCCGUUCUUGGCUAUGCCUGAAACUUCCUGAGCAUCCUCAGGCAAGUCGCAUGGCUCUCUGCCAGGGUGUGAUGAGGCUCCCUUUGUCCAUUUAGAUAUUCAUGCAGCUCUCCAUGACCUCAAGUAACAUCAGAUUGCUUCCAAUUGCAGAACAGGGAGAUAACAUCUUAUAAGGCCAACCAAUAAAUAAAUCGGGCUCUCAGCUGACGCUGAUGUGGUUUCGAUUAGUUUGGUGAUACAGUAUAAUCCACCAACUAAAGCUGUUGUAAGAAGGAUUGAAAUAAGAAAACGUUGGCUCCAAGCAACAGAAAUUUAGUUAUGCCUAAAUCCUGUUGCUGUCAGUGGGGCAUUACCGGGCCGGCCCAACAAUGAGGCAAGGUGAGGCAACAGCUUCAGGCAGCAGAAUCCCAAUGUAGAUAUUUGUUCUUCUCGCCCCUUCUUGUGCCUAAUGUAGAUCUUCAGAGUGGGGUAGGAGAACUAAAAAUAACGCCAACAUAUUUCACAUCCGGCAACAAAUGUGCCCCUUGGGUUUCAGGUGGUACAUGGAAAGAUGAGUCUAAAAAUCCCAGGACACAAAUUUUCACAAUCCUCUAUGCUGGCUCAUUUACUGGAAGCAAUGUACCGUAUUUAGCAUUAACUCUGCAAAUGUGUGCUCAAUUCUGACCAAACUAAGCCUUCUGAUGCAUAUAUAUAUUAUCAUAAUGGAGUAUACACUUGCAAAGUUUAUGCUAAAUACAGGGCGUGAAAUUUUUUGUCCCGGGCUUUUUAAAGUCAUCUACCCAUGUACUAUCGGAAACCCAAGGGGCACAUUGGUUGCCAGAUGUGGGGGGAAAAUUGAGCUCUUCUAUCCGACACCAUUUUGUCAUUUGCCUCAGGUGCCAAAAUAUCUUGGUCUGGCCCAUGACUAACCUGAGUCCCAUUGGUGUCAGCGGGGCCUAAGGGAACCAAUGGCCAGAACCACUGAGCCUUGAGUUUAGUCCUGGAGAUUGAGGGGUAUAGGAGAAAAUAGUAGAAAAAUGAUACCGGAGAAAAGUAGUAUCAGAACUAAAUUACUAUAAUCAUUAAAAUGAAAGUCAGUACAAUUCAAUAUAAAGAUAUAAUUAAGUUGCUUAACAGUCUAGACCAGUCAUACAACAUAAUAUAAUUUCUUAACAGAGCUUCGUAGAAGAUUAGUCAUACAAGCAUGGUUUGUUGGUGUGCAUAUUUCCUGUUUUCCAUCAACAAAGAAGCCACACAGAUCACAUAACUUCAGAAAUGACCAGCAUUUCUUAACCCAACAGACAGGUUUCCCCCUCAACAAAGUUCUUAAAACACUGUUGUAGUGGAAAUGCAGAAGAAUUGUAAUUGAGGAGCUGUAGAUGGCCUUGUGCAAUUAAGCCUUCCAAAGCUGACUCCUGCUCCUAUUCUUGGAGAUGGCCCAGCGGUGGAUUGAUUGUUUUGCAGACUUAGAUCAUGGGACACUCUCUCUCUCUCUCUCUCCCAGGCCAGGUGACGGUAGCUGAGCAAUUAAGCCUCACCUCUGGAGCAGAUGAAAACCAGAGGGCUUGAGCCCCAGACCCUCUUGGGGUGUCAACACUGUGAGCCCCUCCAUUGUAGGCUCGGGUUGCAUAUAUGAUGUGUAAAUAAACCUCAACACCACAGUCUCUACUGUUUCUCAUUCUGAGAAAACCAGACCCUGGGUAAGUGCCUGGAACCCCUGGAAUCUCUUACUGCCUGGAGGUUAGGGUGGCAUGCAACAAUAUUUUGGCUGAAAUGAUAGUAACCAGUUUCUUAAAUUUGCAUCCAUACAGAUAGAUUAGCAUAUGCACGUUUUACGCAACUAUGUGUGGUCUUUUGCGGUGUUGCGGCUCCUCUUUUUCUCUUACUACUCCAAGCCUGGAAUAGGCCUUCUGCAUUGUGGCACAGCUUUAAGAUAAUAAAAGCAAGCAAGCCGAAGGCAAUGAAAGCAUAGAGGAAUAGAACAGACAGGCAAGUUAAUCAUCUCUGCAAGAAGGUUUUUAUUUAGCUGACACAAACAAAAGUCAGAAGCUGAAUCCUAUGGAAGUAAUUCUGUAGCAACUUAUCUUGCAGUGGUUUAUCUCUGCCAUAACAGUUAAGAUUUGAUUGACUGCAGUUCAAUCUUAAAUGAGAAACCCAAAUUAAAGCUAAUUUUAAAAGGGCCAAAGCACCUUUAAAUUGAGAAGAGCCCCAAGCAAACUUAGCAACAGGAAAAGUUACUUUAGGCUGCAAUUCUAUGCAUACUUACCUGGGAGUAAGCUUCAUUGAACUCUGUGUGACUUAGUUCUAAGUAGACAUCUAGAAGAGUGUACCUUCAGUACGUCUUGUGUGAAUUAACUUUACUGGCUAAGGCUUCAGUUUCUUUAAAGUUCUAUUUUAAGUUCAGUAUAAAACCAGGCAGUAGGUUCAGCAAUGUGCUAAUUUCACCAAGCUAAGCUGCCAAGGAAGUCCCACGUGGUCACAUUUGACUUCUAAAGAAAACAUCUAAAAAUUAGGGGAAAGUUUAAAAAGGAAGUGGAGAGUCAAGAGGGUCAUAUCUCUCCAAAACAGUGAUUGCUUAAAACAAAAAUAGUGGAAACUCAGCUUAUUUACCCACUUGUGUAUUGGCUGUGCUUGACUGCUUUACACCAAAGCAAAGCAUUGGGUUGGACAUGAUGCUCAUGUACCUUGUAUGGUGUGGUGCAUCCUGGUGGUGUGGAUGUUUCAUUUUGAGAAGCUCGACACUUACUUUAGAUAUAUUGCUCAGGUGUUGUUUCUGAAUUGUUUGGCACAAGAAACAUUUGCAUUGAAAUUUUGUCUCUGUUCAUCCUUUUACCACCUUAUCUAUCUUAGACUAGCCUUCCAUGAAGGUAUUGCUGUGUAGGCAGUCUUGCCGUAGUGCAAAUGUGCAUGUAUUUACAUACAUACUGCUGGAAUCAGAUAGGAAAAGCCUAUGCCUAAUAAAGGAUUAUAUUUAAAAAAUACUUGUUCAAUAGGAGGAUGCUAAGCACCUAGCUGCCUAAUUUAAGGUUACCAGAUUUUUUUCAAUGAAUCCAGGGACACUUUUCAACUUCAGUGGAUUUUGUAUGGGGACUGAUUUGUAAAUCCGGGGACUGUCCCUGGGAAACGGGGACGUCUGGUAACCUUAGCCUAAUUCCUCCCUCCCUCUUUGCUACUGCAGCUGCAGAAUGAACUCUGCUAACAGUCCUUUCAGAGAACCCGACAUGUUGGCAGUGUGAUCUGUGGUAGGAAGUGGGGGAGGAGACAGAAAGCCAUGACACACACACACCCCGCACCCAAAGCACCCACAUGCCUAGUGUUUGUACUGGAGAUGAGAAUCAGACCUAUCUAUUCACGGCCUAUUCCAUUGUAGAAAUUCAUUGAUAUGCUGUGGCUAUAGCAAAAACCAGACGUGUGUUUAGAAACAGGAGUCAUAUGAAAAGUUGCAAAACUUCACAAGCUUUGAUGAUAAGAGCUGGGGCAACAGUUGUCCUGGAAGCCCAAGAGAAAGUGACUAAGCCUGAGCCAAGGGUCACAGGAAGUGCAAAUAAAAUACCAAAGAGAUUUGCCCCCUUGACAUCCUCUGAUGUCAUCUGUUGGUGCUCCUGCUGCUGUUUUCCCCUAGGGCUGUUCCUCACAGCAUUGUCAGGCUCUGUGUGGCCCAUGAUAGCCUUCAACAGCAAGUCAGAAUCAGUCUGGGAGGUGUGGGGGGUGCAGAUGUAUAUAAUUUGAACACUGAACUUUUUGAUGAGCACCCAUUGCAGAUUUUGCUUAAAUGUACAAUCUUCUCUUCUAGAUCAAACUUGGUUCUGUAUGUUUACUGCAGAAGACACCUGUGCACUGCGCUGAUUGGCUUGGAAGCCUCUGUUGGCACCCCUCCUUCACCCCUCCACUCCUCCCUGAAGCAAUUUCUCAAGGUAUUUGGAUUUUAUACUGCCUUUUAAAGGGAAAGGGAAAGAGAAAAAGAGGGAGGCCCAAAUACACAAGUCCAUUCAGCCCUUUGAAAACAAAACAAGUCACACUGCCUGCCUGAAUCAGGAUUUGAUCCAUCAGUUUGAUUCAUGGUGAAUUUGAAAGGUGUGAGAAGCUAGCUUCAAAAUGGGGGGGUUAACUACAGUUAUACCUACAUGUGGUAAAUCACCACCCUAAAAAUAUAAAGCAGUAUAGAACUGGAAUGAACAAUAAAAUAAUAAUGAUGAAAAGCAGGUGGCAUUUCACCUUUUGUGAGAGGAGGUGAAACCUGCCAGCACUCCUGCUACUUCCAAAUGCCUUUUUUAAAAUGUCACAUCACAAGAGCUGUUGUAAUAUUGUUGGGACAUUGACAGUGGGGCAUAGCUGUCUCCAGUGGCAGUUGCCAUUUUCCCACCCCAGCUGUUGCUUGGACAAUAGCAUAGUGCCAUUCCAGAUUAUUGGGGGGGUGACUCCCCUCACCUCCCCCCCCCCUCCUGAAAUUUGGCUCCUACUUUUGAAAAGCAAAAGGAAAGGGGGAAGGAGUGUCAUCCCUCCUGUUUAGGCCAGGCUUCUGCCAGUUCCAAAGUUCAGCCCCAGCUUAUACAAAUCUUCAGUUACUGGCCUGCACAAAAUGCCUGCUUUAAACCUUUGCCCCCCACCCAGAUGUCAUUCAGCUACAGCUCCCGCCCUCCCUAGUUAUGGGUCAAGGGUUAAUGGGAGUCCAACAUCUGAAGGCUCCACUGGGUGAUCUUGAGUCAGUCACUGUCUCCCAGCCAACCUACCUCACAGGGUUGUUGUGAGAAUAAAAUGAAAGCGGGAGAGCCAUAUAUGCCAGCUUGACUCUCUUAAAGCUGUGGUGUCAUAAUAGCCUUACCAGCAGAGGUCUUUGGCUAAUAUCUGAAGGGGAUACCCGACGGCAGCCUUGCUUUACCUUUCAUCUCCCACCUGCGCAGGGGCUGGUGAGAGGAAUCUGCACACGAGACCCAUGUGCUCUGGGCAGCAGACGGAGACCCAGCAGGCGAGGGGAGUGGUCUAACAUCCCACCCGCCCUUCCUCCAGCCAUGGAGCAGAUCAGUCAGUUUUUCCACUCGAUCUGGACUUUCAUCCUCUCCAAACACCAGGAGGGGGUCUACAACACCAUCUGCCUGGCUGUGCUUCUGGGGCUCCCCACCCUUGUGCUCCUGGUCGGCAUCUUUGUCUGUUGCCACUGCUGUUUCUGUGGCGGUCGGAGGAAGGACAGCAGUAGCUACAGCACGAGUGAGAAGAGAAGGAAGAAGAUGAGGAGGAGGAAGAAGGAAGAGGACCUGUGGAUUUCUGCACAGCCCAAAGCGCUCAUGCUGGAAAAGAGGCCAUCGCUGCUGGCCUAGAGAAAGGGAGGGAUGGACAGGAGCUUGUGUGUGUGUACACACACACACACACACACACACACACACACAUGCCUUCUGUUAAAUGUCUCACAUUGCACUUUGGGCCACAUAGCCUAAGACUGAGGACAAAUCAUGCUGGGUCCCUCCCCUUUAAGCACUGACCUUCAGCUGUUUCCUCCCUUUUCCUUUUUAUAAAGGUGUUUGGAUUGAAGAAGCUAUCUUGGCCCAUCACCGGGAUGAUCUGGGGAGUCUUCAGUUGGGCACACAUUUACAUGCACACUGAUGAUCACAAACAGGUGGCAUGAGCUAACAGCCAUGCCAGCAGACAUACUAGUCCAACGUGUACAUAACGACUUGCUUGAACAGACUUGCCAGCCCUUUUAGCAGUUAAGGAACAGGUAUCUGUGACUCUUAAACAAGCCUUGGACUGGCACUAGCAAACUAUGCCCUGACAAACUACCACAUGUACCAGCGCUGUCACCAUAUGCAUACCCACAGGGACAGAGGACUUCUUCGAUAGGUUUUAUAUGGGCACUGGCCUAGAUGGCUUUAAGAGGGGAUUAGUGGAGCGGGACAAGGCCAUCACUGGGGACCCAGGUUUAAGAAACUGGCCUAAGGGGAUCCUCUAGGUUUCAAGGGAGUGUAAGUCUUUGUACCACACACCGGGAGACAAAUAACAAGAGAAGGCGGCGACCUUAACACCCUACCUGUGGGCUUCCUGGAAGCACCUUGCUUCCUCACUGUUGGAAACGGAUGUGGAAUUGCAUGCACCUUCGCCCUGACAAAUGACAAGAGUCCCCUAACCCUGAUGACAGAUUUCACAAAUCCACAAUAUCUGCCCAAAAGGCUAUAAUUAGGGCUUUGUGUACUCCCUAUUGUUGCCACAGAAUUCCUUAUAACCAAGAAUCUCAACUCUUCAACAGGUUCUAGUUUCUAGCCCACAGUCUCACGAGUCUGGUUAAAUCUUAGGGAGGGGGCCUUGAGCAGGAUUUCUAGGCAGUGAGGUUCAGCGCCUCCGUCCCUCCCUUUUUUCUUUUUUUCUUCCUCAGCUAUAGAAGUGGUGUCUCCAUUUCUGUCUUCAUCCCAAAGCUUCCUUUUCUCUCUGAUCCUGGACAGAGUUUCUUUCCAGGUUCCACACAGCAGAUCAAAGCCUCCCUCAAGCCCAUAUCUAACUCCCUGGAGUUACUGACUGUCACCCUGUGUGUACUUACCUAGGAGCAAGCCCCUUUGAUACGGAGGGACUUGCUUCUGUGUAAACGUGAAUGGGGUAGAGCUAUGAAACUCAUUUCUUUGAGUGCCUCAUACCCAUCAGCAUAUCUAGGAAUUUGAGAGAAAUUUCAACUUGGGCCAACAUUUCAGGUCGUCUGUAGAUAGAAUGCUAAUGAAUUCCCUGACAAGGAAAUUGCUGGUAUAUUUUUAGAUACUCCUAGGAAGUCCACCUGCUGAUCUGCCCUAGGCUUAGGCAGUGGUGCAACUAACUGCCUUUCUUUCAUCAAUACUUGUCCUGUGCCUUGUUUUUGUAUAUGCAUUCUGAGAUUGCCCUUAUAUUGCACAGUUUAUGCACACAUAAAAAACAAAAAAAGCACCCAACCCAACAAGCCUUUUAUUUAAAAAAUAAAUUUAUUUAAAUGAAACUAAC